AGGCGCCGUACCGCCCGCACCCGCCCCACCUUCUCUGUGUGCUGCUGCUCAGCCCCGUCCCGUCCUCCUUACUGCCUCCCUCCCCGCCUCCUCCUCUUCCUCUUCUGGUUUCCCCGGCAUCGCUCCGUCAGCUGCCCUCAUUUUUCAAACAAUAACAGGCUGUGUGCCUCUCGCCCCCCCGCCCCCCAUCCAUCCUUCCACCGCUGAGGGCAGAGAGCGGGAGAGGCCGCGGGCCAGCCACGGACAGCGGGGAGAGGCAGCCGGCAUGGCAUCCAGCUUCGGCAAGAUCCAAAUCGGGAUCUAUGUGGAGAUCAAGCGGAGUGACGGUCGUAUUCACCAAGCAAUGGUAACAUCACUUAAUGAGGACAGUGAAAGCAUAACUGUUGAAUGGAUUGAAAAUGGAGACACUAAAGGAAAAGAGAUUGACCUGGAAAGCAUUUUUGCACUUAACCCUAACCUAGCACCUGAUGAGGAAAUAGAACCUAACCUGGAAAUGCCACCUCCUCCAACACCCACAUCUAAAGUGAAUAAAAUUAUCAAGAAUCGACGUACUGUUGCACCUGUAAAGAAUGAAACUCCUGCAAGGGAUAAUAGAGCAGUUGGUUCCGCCCGUGCACGUCCAAGCCAGCCUAUUGAACAGUCAGCCUCUGCACAGCAGAAUGGUAGUGUUUCAGAUAUAUCUCCAGAUCAACCUGGAAAAAAGGACUUUGGCCCUCCUUCACGGAGAAAAUCAAACUGUGUGAAAGAAGUUGAAAAGUUGCAAGAAAAACGAGAAAAGAGGAGGUUACAGCAGCAAGAAUUGAGAGAGAAAAGGGCACAGGAAGUUGAUACUACAAAUCCAAAUUACGAAAUAAUGUGUAUGAUUCGAGAUUUUCGAGGAAGUUUGGAUUAUCGACCUUUAACAACAACGGAUCCUAUUGAUGAACAUCGAAUAUGUGUAUGUGUAAGAAAACGUCCUCUUAAUAAGAAAGAAAAUACCAUGCGUGACCUUGAUGUUAUUACAAUUCCUAGUAAAGAUGUGGUUAUGGUACAUGAACCUAAACAGAAAGUAGAUCUUACAAGAUAUUUGGAAAACCAAACUUUUCGUUUUGAUUAUGCCUUUGAUGAAUCUGCACCAAAUGAAAUGGUCUAUAGAUUUACAGCUAGGCCUCUUGUAGAAACCAUCUUCGAAAGAGGAAUGGCCACCUGCUUUGCCUAUGGACAAACAGGAAGUGGGAAAACACAUACAAUGGGAGGAGAUUUUUCAGGAAAGAACCAAGACUGUUCAAAGGGUAUUUACGCCCUUGCAGCACGUGAUGUUUUUCAAAUGCUAAAGAAACCAAAUUAUAAGAAGUUAGAACUUCAAGUGUAUGCUACAUUUUUUGAAAUCUACAGUGGCAAGGUCUUUGACUUGUUAAACCGGAAAACCAAGUUACGAGUCCUGGAGGAUGGGAAGCAGCAAGUCCAAGUGGUAGGAUUGCAAGAACGUGAGGUUAAAUGCGUGGAAGAUGUACUAAAGCUGAUUGAGAUUGGCAAUAGCUGCAGAACAUCUGGACAAACAUCUGCAAAUGCACACUCAUCUCGAAGUCAUGCAGUGUUCCAGAUUAUUUUACGAAAAAAAGGAAAACUUCACGGGAAGUUUUCUCUCAUAGACUUGGCUGGAAAUGAACGGGGAGCUGAUACCUCGAGUGCAGACAGACAAACGCGUCUUGAAGGUGCUGAGAUUAAUAAAAGUUUAUUAGCUCUCAAGGAGUGCAUUCGUGCCUUAGGGAGAAAUAAACCACAUACUCCAUUUAGAGCAAGUAAACUGACACAAGUGUUGAGAGACUCAUUUAUUGGUGAAAAUUCUCGUACUUGCAUGAUUGCUACAAUUUCUCCUGGAAUGGCAUCCUGUGAAAAUACGUUAAACACUUUAAGAUACGCAAAUAGAGUAAAGGAAUUUGGAAUUAGUCCAUCGGACAUUCCCUUCUCACAGGGUAGCGGAAGUCGCUCUGAUCUCUCUCCUUCCUAUGACUAUGAUGACUUUUCUCCUACGCUAACCAGAGUCAAGGAACUUACAGUGGAUCCUAGUGCAGCAGGAGACCUCCGCCCCAUGUUACAUCAUGCUCAGAAUCAACUAGAUGACUUGGAGACACUGUGGGGAGUGGGAAGCUCUCCUCAGAGGGAUGACCUCAAACUGCUUUGUGAACAGAAUGAGGAGGAAGUGUCACCACAGUUGUUCACCUUCCAUGAAGCUGUGUCUCAAAUGGUUGAAAUGGAGGAGCAGGUCGUAGAAGAUCACAGAGCCGUGUUUCAGGAGUCUAUACGGUGGCUUGAAGAUGAAAAAGCACUUUUAGAGAUGGCUGAAGAAGUAGACUAUGAUGUCGAUUCCUAUGCUACCCAGCUUGAAGCAAUUUUGGAGCAAAAGAUUGACAUUCUUACUGAAUUACGAGAUAAAGUGAAAUCUUUUCGUUCUGCUUUGCAAGAGGAGGAACAGGCCAGCAAACAAAUCAACCCGAAGAGGCCACGAGCUCUUUAAGAGAAAUAUUUCAUGAAGGAUCAUAAUAUAAACUUUGUACUGUAAGAUAGCAUUGUUCUUAACCUGUGGCCGUACAAACCCAAAUACUUGAAAAAAGUCAACUUUUAUAAUGUCAGUGAAACUGUCCUCCUUCCUUCACUUGAACGAGAUACCUGUUUUGGGCUAACCACUACAUUCUAGACAAACUUCUAGUCUAAACGGCACAAACCUAUUGUUAGGGGCAUCGAGGCACUUUGUUCAAAUAAUUUCCUAUAAUGUCUUAUGAAACGUUUGUCCAAAUCUCCUUUUUUCUAUUUUUUUUUUAAUUCUUUUUUUUUUUCAAUUUUUUUUUAAAAAUAAAUAACAUUUAAAACCAUGGACUGGAGAAUAUAUGUCAUUUUUAUUUUAACGGAAUACUCUCAUUUUGCUCCGAAAAGAAACUGUGCGGUUUUACGAUAAUUGCAUGCCUGCAUAUUCAACAGUGAUUGUACAGAUUUUAAAUGAAUUUUGCUGUGCCACCUCUUAUGUGCCUUUAUUAAGGCUAUUUAUCCUCUGUGUCUAUCUCCAUUAAGCACAGCCUUAACUUAACCGUCAAUAAAAAAAAGCAUUCCUUGUUUGUCAGUGUGUAAUAACCGUUUACAACAAUCUUAAUUUUUUUAUUUGUUUUGUUACUGUAUUUUUUGUUUAACCUAUUUUACAGUAUGUGCCAUAUUACAUAACCAAUAAUUUACUGUACAAUGUAGCUGGAAAUUGCAUCUUCCACUUGUAAAAUGCAUAUUUGAAUACUGUAAAGUGGUUGUAUAACAUUUUCUUUGUAAAGAAUAAAAUUUAGUUAAUGUAAAUUGAAGAGCGAAAAUCUUGGGGCAUAAAUGAUGCACCGUAACAAUAUAUAUAUACCCUGGAUAUUGUGUGUUGUAAGGCAAUAACACAUUGAAUCCCAACUAUUUACACUGUUUUCAUUAAAUUGAAUGAAGGCAUUUGUUCAGUAGAUGGUCUUGUCACUGUCUGACUUUAUGCCACUCUUAACUGUUAGUUUGUUAAAACUGAAAUUCUUUACCAAGAAAGACAAGUCUAUAUUAUUUGCUGCCUUAUUCUGGGUCUGUUAACUUACUUUUAGCAAACAAGUUAACAAUAAAUGGAGCUACACUGACAAGUA